UUUUCCUGCGUAUCUGUACGUGAUGACGUAAGACGCCCAAAGAGCAAACCGACGCAUGAUCUGAGCGAAAGAGGACAUGGCUGUGAACGUAUAUUCCACUUCAGUGACUAGCGACAAUCUGAGUCGCCAUGACAUGCUCGCAUGGAUCAAUGAGUCUCUACAGAUGAACUUUACCAAGAUCGAGCUUUUAUGUUCAGGUGCAGCCUACUGCCAGUUUAUGGACAUGCUGUUUCCAGGCUGCAUACCUUUGAAGAAAGUAAAAUUUGGUGCAAAGUUAGAGCAUGAAUACAUUCACAAUUUUAAGAUAUUGCAGGCCGCCUUCAAGAGGAUGGGCGUUGACAAAAUUAUCCCGGUUGACAAGUUGGUGAAGGGCAAAUUUCAAGACAAUUUUGAAUAUGUUCAGUGGUUUAAGAAGUUCUUUGAUGCCAAUUACGACGGAAAAGACUAUGACCCAGUGGAAGCGCGACAGGGCCAGGACACCAUGCCUCCACCCAACCCCUCCAUGUCUGCCCUCAGCAAGCCCAAGAAGAUCAUGAAUGCAGCACCACAGAGAGCAGCUGUUGCCAAGGUAACACCCAAGAUGGCGCCUGGCUCUGCGAGGAGACCUGGUGCCGGUGGUGAUGAGGAAAGGGCGGAGCUUAUUCAAGAGUUAAACAUCUUGAAGUCUACAAUUCAGGACAUGGAGAAAGAGCGGGACUUUUACUUUGGCAAACUGAGGAACAUUGAGCUGAUCUGUCAAGAGAAGGAGGGGGAGGGAGACCCCACCCUGCAGAGGAUUGUGGAUAUUCUUUAUGCCACAGACGAGGGGUUUGUCAUACCAGACGCUGAGUCAGAGGACCAGGAGGAGUUCUAAUGCUCGUGACUCGCUGCAGUUUUACCCUCCUCUCACCUUUCCAUUCCCGUCCUCUCCACACAGUCACUACCCCGCCAUCCACACAUCAUAUUAUGCAUUUGGACUUCCGAACAAACUCCAUAGUGAAUCCCAUUGCGUCUGCUAAAGCAUGCAUAGACACUCUUCAUGUCGAAAGAACUGUUUUAAUGCCCUCAGACCUCUGGCUGCCACGAUACUCCUGUUUCUCUACGAGGAAGAGUGUGUUUCCCGUCUGUAAUAUAUGAUCUAAUAUUGCUAUCCUCUUUCAGCAACUUCAGACACCUGCAGUUGUAUAUAUCUUAAAUGUCUCUGAAACGUCUUGGACACAUCCUCUGUACAGUGAUUUAUAGGUGGCGUCUCCCUCCUCACUGCUGUGGUACAUAUCUGUGAUCCCGUCUUACUCAGAACCGUACCUUACUGACACAAAACUGAGGGACGGAAUGACAAAACGUGUGUUAGUUCAUUGCAGAAACCCUCUCUCUUCCUAGUUUCCACUCAUGGUUUUGGUGCUUGCUUUAGCAUAAGGCAGGUAGCAGUCACCACCGCUCCAGUCUAUCCUCAGUGACUGUGCCUUAUUCAGACUGUCUGGAGGGAGUGGACCCAGUCUGACGUUUGUCUUUUCUUUGUUUUAUGGAUGUAGUGAAGUAGUGUCGUUUUCGAGUCGACGCACGUACUAACACUCAGUCAUGCGCUUUGGCCUCCAGGAUGCCGAUGUACUGUCACGCCACGGUUGCACGCGUUGAAAUGUUUUUAUUAUAAUUUUAUUGCUUUUAUGAAACGAUUAUCCGUAUGAAGUUAGUAGCCACUACGUUGGCGGACUCUGCCAAAAUUUGAGUUGACAAGAGCUGCCCGUUUUCUUCCUGUUUUACUGCCUUAUAUUUAAUGCGUUUUUCUAUCCUUUCCUUCGCGCUGUCUCUUUUGGCAAAUGGUUGUAAUUCAAGUUAUUAAAGUUUUAAAUGUACGUUUUCUUUUGUUUCUUUUAAUUAUUAUUUGUAGACGUAGCGGCAGCAGAAUAUUGGUUAUUUCAGACCCAAAUCUUUUAAACACACAAGAUGAGAACGUGAAAUCUUUUGAGUUAUUUUAAAAUAUUGCGCUCUUUCAAGACCGUUCCCCAGAUAACCAUGUCAAGCUGAUGAUACAAAUGCAAAAACACUAAAAAUAUCGAC